UUCAAUGCCUAAUUUGGAGGUUGGGGCGGGGAGGGAGCUGGCAAGGAAGUCAAGUGGGAGUCUGCUCUGCUGGCUUUCUUUUCCUCCCCCUUCUGUGGGUGUGUGUGUGAGAGAGAAAGACUCUCCACCGCUGGAUGUUUGUGUGAGACGCUGCAGCCGAGCGAGCGAGCGAGCACACCAGAUUUGAAUCUGCCGGUCUUCCCCCCACCAAGACAACCAAACGUCCAAAUGGCCAUCGUCCUGAAGUCUACCCCCCUCUUGUGGACACGCCUGGCGGCCCUGGUCUUCUCCUGCGUGGCCUUCUCGGUGGCGGUCCACGGCGGGCGUCUGUACCACGGCACGGGCGACUGGUGCAUCUUCUGCUGGGCCUUCAGCUUCGCCGGCACCCUGCUGGUGCUCAUGGUGGAGCUGUUUGGCCUACAGACCAGAUCGCCCGUCUCCUGGAAGAACUUCCCCAUCACGUUUGCCUGCUACGCCGCCCUGCUGUGCUUGUCGGCGUCCAUCAUCUUCCCUCUGUACUUCCUGAAAGGCGACAUGGGGCCCAGCCAGGUACGCGACUUCCGCAUCGUGUCCACCGUCUUCUCCUGCCUGGCCACCAUCGCCUACAUGACCGAGGUGAGCAUCAGCAAGGCCAGGCCGGGCGAGGUGGCCGGCUACAUGGCCACGGCGCCGGGUCUGCUCAAGGUGUGCGAGACCUUCGUGGCGUGCAUCAUCUUCGUGUUUGUCAGCGAUCCGGUGGUGUACGACCGCCACGACGCGCUCAAGUACUGUAUGUCCGUCUACUGCAUUUGCUUCAUCUUGUCCGCCGCCAUCAUCGUGCUGUGCGUGGGCGAGUGCACCGGCUGCCUGCCCUUCCCCUUCGCCCGCUUCCUGUCUGGCUACGCCCUGCUGGCCGUGGUGCUCUACCUGUCGGCCACCAUCAUCUGGCCCAUCUUCAACUUCAGCCCCAAGCAGGGCGGCAACAAGCAGCGGCCGUCCAACUGCGGCUCCACGGCCGGGCUGUGCACGUGGGACAAGCUGAUGGCGGUGGCCGUGCUCACCGCCGUCAACUUUGUGCUCUACCUGGCCGACCUCAUCUACUCUGCCCGCUUGGUCUUUGUCAGCGCUUGAGGCCGCGGCGGCUCCUCCUCCGAAUCGCAACAGGCUUCAAAAGUGGAAGAAUCCAAAAUUCUCAAUUCAAAUGAAAUCUUCAUGAAAAAUUGCCAAGUGAGUUGAAUUGAAUGAAUUCAUUAACAGUCAUAUUGGAAAUCCUCUUUCUUAAUCAAAAUGAAUGGAAAGAGCAAAAAGCGGUUGCAGCCACAGAUUGCGCUCCUGCAGACGCAAAGACGACUAUGUGACUCAGUUGCAGUAGUAGAAGCCAUUUUGACCCCCAAACUUUUUUCAAAUUGACUUGAAACUCCAUUUUCAUGAAAAUGUCAACAAAUCUAAUUCGACUCUCCAAUUGACGUUUUUGUGGUUUGUCUGACUAGAAAUGGUCAAAAUGAACGACACCAUCAUAGCCUGGAUAAGGAAGGAAACUGCUUCGACCAAAUUUGGGGUGAAAAUAUUCCUGCUCAGCAAAUCUAGUCCUGUCAAAGCAACAACGGUGCUUUCAAUUCAGUAUCUCAUUUUUGGGGGUGUCACGACAGAACAGGAAAUGGGGGGAGUCACAGUGUGCUAUGAUAACUGUGUAUUAUUAGUUGGGACAAAAUGUGGCAACAUUUAAGAAUAUUCAUAUUAUAAUACACUUAAGUUGAUACUAAAAUGUUCAGGUUUGCCCGUAUUGCCAUUGAAGAAUCUUCGGUGGGGUCUGCCAAAUUCUGCUAUUUUGCUACGUUUACCACAUGUGCGCUUUUUGUCCGUUUGUUGAAGGAAGGACUCACAAGAGUGUGAAGCAAGUAUUACUAAUGAAGUGUCGUUAUUCCGCCCAUCCACAUUGGCCAAAGCUGGCAUGGGAAACAUUGUAGUGUAUUGUUAGUCUUUUUCUUGUGAACGUCAUUAAGCAGCUGAAAAUUCCAAAAUGGUUUGUGUUACUUGAAGCAGCCGCAUCACCGAAAACGAACAAACGACUUGAUGUGGAUUGCACGUUACGAGAAGAUAUGGAUGUGGAUUGAUAAGAAAAUAGACAUACGUACACUGUAUGUGCACAGCAUAUCUCACGCACUCUAUUGGUCACAUGGGCUCUUGAUUUUUGGAAGGCUGUUGUACUUAUUUUGAAAUAAUACUUUUGUAUUCUGCCGUUUUGUGUUUUGCAGCAAAAAUGUAACCGUUUUUUCAUUUCAAUAAAAACAUACAAAAACA